CCCUGAGCGCUGCCCGGCCGGCCGCCAUGGCGCACGUGGCCGACACGAAGCUGUACGACAUCCUGGGCGUCCCGCCUGGCGCCAGCGAGAACGAGCUGAAGAAGGCAUACAGAAAGUUAGCCAAGGAAUACCAUCCUGAUAAGAAUCCAAACGAUGGUGACAAAUUCAAAGAAAUAAGUUUUGCAUAUGAAGUACUAUCAAAUCCUGAGAAGCGCGAACUAUAUGACAGAUAUGGAGAACAAGGUCUUCGGGAAGGUAGCGGCGGAGGUGGUGGCAUGGAUGAUAUUUUCUCUCACGUUUUUGGUGGGGGAUUGUUCGGCUUCAUGGGCAACCAGAGCAGAAGUCGAAAUGGCAGAAGAAGAGGAGAAGACAUGAUGCAUCCACUCAAAGUAUCUUUAGAAGAUCUGUAUAAUGGCAAGACCACCAAACUACAACUUAGCAAGAAUGUACUCUGUAGUGCAUGCAGUGGCCAAGGUGGAAAGUCUGGAGCUGUUCAGAAGUGUAGCGCUUGUCGGGGUCGAGGUGUACGCAUCAUGAUCAGACAGCUGGCCCCAGGAAUGGUGCAGCAGAUGCAGUCUGUGUGUUCUGACUGUAAUGGAGAAGGGGAGGUAAUUAAUGAAAAGGACCGCUGUAAAAAAUGUGAAGGGAAGAAGGUGAUUAAAGAAGUCAAGAUUCUUGAAGUCCACGUAGACAAAGGCAUGAAACAUGGACAGAGGAUUACAUUUACCGGGGAAGCAGACCAGGCCCCAGGAGUGGAACCAGGAGACAUUGUUCUUUUGCUGCAAGAAAAAGAACAUGAGGUGUUCCAGAGAGAUGGAAAUGAUUUGCACAUGACAUACAAGAUAGGACUUGUUGAAGCUCUAUGUGGAUUUCAGUUCACAUUUAAGCACCUUGAUGGACAUCAGAUUGUGGUGAAAUAUCCUCCUGGCAAAGUAAUUGAACCAGGAUGUGUCCGUGUAGUUCGAGGUGAAGGAAUGCCACAGUAUCGUAAUCCCUUUGAAAAAGGUGAUCUUUACAUAAAGUUUGAUGUGCAGUUUCCUGAAAACAACUGGAUCAACCCAGACAAGCUUUCUGAAUUAGAAGAUCUUCUGCCAUCUAGACCAGAAGUUCCAGACAUUAUUGGAGACACAGAGGAGGUAGAGCUUCAAGAAUUUGAUAGCACUCGGGGCUCAGGAGGUGGUCAGAGGCGUGAAGCCUAUAAUGAUAGCUCUGAUGAAGAAAGCAGUAGCCAUCAUGGACCAGGAGUGCAAUGUGCCCAUCAGUAAACUCUGCAAACAGAUUACACAGGUGGAUUUUCUUUCCACUUUUGCCUGGUUUGUUUUCAGCGAUCCAGCUAGAGAGUCUGGUCAGUCCAGAUGAACUGAUGGACAUCUGUUGGUCUAUGUGUAACUUUUAAAAUUGGUAUAGUAUCUACAGAGUGUAUAAUUUAAACUAACCACAAAGCUUUACAUCUUCAUUUCGACUGUUCUGUAGCAGAAUAAAGCACUUGAAAGGAAACAAGACUCCCUUUCACACAUGGGUUAUAAGUCUCAGUUCUGGUAUCUGUGCUUGAUUUUUAUCAGUUUUGUGUAGAUUUUACGUUUCAUAUUUUAAAUUCAAAUCCCACAUUGUAAAGUAUGUGUACAAUUUGUCCUGAAGCUUUGUGUUUGGCUGCACCUGCAUAAGCUGCUACAAAUAGAAUAAAGAAUUUCAUAGCCU